AUGAGUGUUGAAGGAACUAGGAAUGUGGGCUCCUCUAGUUUGGAUACCACAGGAAAACCUAAAUACGGGAGAAACAAACAACUUGGUGCCAAACUGAAACGUUAUGGGAGGGAACGUAAAGAGGCUCUGGAAGCUGCCCGUAGAACGGAUAUACUGUUGCAGGAAGAACCCGGUUUCUUAGAGCCAGAAAAUGAAAUGGAGAAAACAUAUGAAAUAACUCAAAAGGAUUUAAGAGAAAAUGUAGACAUUGGUACCGCAGCAAAGGGGUUUGAGUUGAAGUUGAAAGAUUAUGGUCCGUACAGCAUUGAUUACAGCAGAAACGGUAGAGAGCUGUUGAUCGUGGGUAAGAAAGGCCACGUUGCCAGUAUAGAUUGGAAAAAGGGGCAGUUAAAUACGGAGCUGCAUCUGAACGAAACAUGUCAUGCCAUUAAAGCUUUGCACAAUGAUCAAUUUUUUGCAGUGGCACAGAAAAAAUACACUUUUAUCUACGACAAAUUAGGAACUGAAAUUCAUAGAAUGAAACAACAUAUUGAAGCCACUAGCUUGGAGUUUUUGCCUUAUCACUUCCUCUUGGUCACUGCUGGUCAAACAGGAGUCAUUAAAUACCAGGAUGUAUCGACCGGUACUCUAGUAGCAGAGCUAAAAACGAAAAUGGGACCAACACUAUCAAUGACUCAAAAUCCUUGGAAUGCAGUCAUUAAUUGUGGUCACUCCAAUGGAGCAGUCACCUUAUGGAGUCCCUCGAUGCCAACCCCGCUGGUGAAGAUUCAAGCUUCUAUUGCUCCGGUUAGAGCUUUGGCGGUCAACAGGGAGGGAAAUUAUAUGGCAGUUGCCAGUUCUGAUAGAACAGUAAAAAUUUGGGAUAUUCGAACCUAUAAAGAGGUGGACACUUACAUAACACCCAUUCCAGCCACCUCUCUGGACAUAUCUGAUACUGGUUUGCUGUCAGUUGGGUGGGGUCCACACACAACUGUUUGGAAAGAUAUUUUCAAGAAGAGACAAGACCAUCCUUAUAUGACACAUCAAAUCAGAGGUUCGCGUGUCCAAAGUACGAAGUUUGUUCCAUUUGAAGAUAUAUUGGGUGUAGGUCAUGCCUCUGGCUUUUCCAGUCUUAUCAUCCCUGGGGCAGGUGAGGCUAACUUUGAUGCUUGGGAGAUCAAUCCUUACGAAUCUGCCCAGCAAAGACAACAAAAUGAGGUCCGUGCUCUUAUUAAUAAGCUACAGCCCGAAAUGAUUACAUUGGAUCCUAACGUGAUUGGUACUGUAGAUACCGCCGUGAAGCAAAAAAGCAUGCUACCCGAUGACGACGAGGAGAAAGAUGCAGAAGAUAAAGAACCUGGCGAUGAAGAACCGAAGUUGGAUCGUUACGUUCCUGACAAAAAGGGUAAGCAAACAGCUCUGCAACGUCAUAUGCGCAAGAAGACUCAGAAUGACCUAGAAGAAAGAAGACUCCGUACUGAAAGAAAUUUGAAGAGAGAGCAGGAAUUAAAUGGAAGACAAGACCAUGGCGAAGAACUUCAGAAUCCAGCACUAGACAGAUUCAAAUAG